AUGUCCUUGGUAUCCCCAGAGUCCUGCUGUCCCCAAACUCGCCGUGAUGUCCCCAACAUCUUGGUGUCCCCCAAACCUUCCCCAAUGACACCUGUGACCCCAAACCCUCCCUGAUGUCCCCAAACCUUCCCCAAUGUCCCCAAUGUCCCGGUAUCCCCAAAUCCUCCCUGAUGUCCUCGGUGUCCCCAAGCCCUCCCCAAUGUCUCCAAUGUCCCCACUGAUGUCCCCAACAUCUUGGUAUCCCCAAAUCCUCCCUGAUGUCCUCGGUGUCCCCAAGCCCUCCCCAAUCUCCCCAAACCCUCCCUGAUGUUCCGCAUGUCCAUCUUGGUGUCCCCAAACCCUCCAUGA